AUGUCUUGGUUACCAUCUUUUCCGUAUGGCCCUAAGGUUCAGUCGAUGUGGGAGCCGGCGACUUCAACCAUCAACUUCUGCGAAGAAGAUUUUUAUCUCACUGGAUAUGUCGCUGAGGUCAUGAACGUCAUUACCAACAGUCUGUAUAUCUGGCUCGCCUACAAAGGUGCCACCCACGUCUUCAAACACGACCACCCCAGGAUAUUCGCCUUGUGCUUCAUAAGCUAUGGGAUCAUCGGCAUCGGAUCAAUAUUAUUCCAUGGGACCUUAAAAUACUCGAUGCAGCUCGUCGACGAGUGCGCCAUGAUCUAUACCGCCCUCACAAUGUGCUUCGCAACAUUUUCUCACGGCCGGUCCCCCUUAAGACAGUUUCUCGUGCUCCUCGGCUGCGUGGGUAUGGGCCUUACUAUCACGCUAGUGUACCACUAUCUCAAGAACCCGUUGUUCCACCAAAACGCCUUCGCACUCAUCAUGAUCACGCUAUUAUCACAUAGCAUGUACAUGAUGGAAACCCAUACCCGGGAGAAGAACCCUGCGGCGACAAAUCUGAUGUGGAAGAUGGUUAUCUGGGGUAUCUGUGUGUUUUUGGCUGGAUUCGGGGUAUGGAAUUUGGACAAUAUUUACUGCCAGCAGUUGAGACGGUGGAGGAGGGAGGUGGGCAUGCCAUGGGGGUUUGUGUCCGAACUCCAUGCUUGGUGGCAUCUGUUGACCGGUAUUGGAAGUUAUAUACUCCUCAUCUGGGGGCAAUACCUGCGAGCAACCUUAGAUGGAAAAGCCGACGAGUACGAUCUGAAUUGGCCGUCCCUAUUCUCCAUCCCUAGUGUAGAUAAGAAGGAUGUUAAGGCGAAGGGUCAGCAGGCCAACGGCAAGUCCAAAGCCAACGGGGUAAGUGCGAAUGGGGUGAACAAGAAGAAGUCUCUUUAA